AGAAAGUUUAUCCUACCUACCGCUCUCCAAAAUGGCCAAGUAUAGCUCCAUUCUGGUAGCCAUACUCCUUUCCUUCACAGUCGUUCAAGCUGAACUACCAGCUGCCGCUCCUGGUAUUGUCGUAGAUUCAUCUGUCAGCCAUCAUGCUGCCGGAUAUCGCGUCAAUGGUCAUGCUCAGAAAACCAAGACUGGUUUGCACCUUCCUUUAGUCCUAAAUGAUGGCAAGAAAGACUUUUAUGGCAAGACCAUCAGCAAAUUAAGUGUUGACGUUGAAUACGAGACUAGUGACAGACUUCACGUUCGUAUUGCUGACACUGCCGGAAAACAAUACUUGGUUCCUGAUUCACCCCUUGGUCUCGUUCGACCCAAGACAAAAAAGGCUGCCUCUCACCCCAACUAUUCUUUCCACUAUACCGACAAGCCAUUUUCCUUCAAGGUCACUCGUAAUUCCGACAAGGAGGUCCUCUUUGAUACCACUGGCCAGCCUCUUGUUUUCGAAGAUCAAUAUCUCGAAUUGACCACCAAGGUUCCAGACAACGCCAACUUGUAUGGCUUUGGUGAAGUAACUGGUGCUUACCGUCGCAACAACCAUGCCAACGUCACUACCUUGUGGGCAAGAGAUGUUGCUGAUCCUUUCUACCAAAAUCAAUACGGAAGUCAUCCUGCCUACACUGAAAUCCGUGACGGAAAAGCUCAUGGUAACCUUUUGUUGAACGCUCACGGAAUGGACAUCUUCACCAUGACUGGAAGAAUCACAUACAAGGUCAUUGGAGGUGUUCUUGACUUUUACUUCUUCGUCCCUGAACCUGCCACUCCCAACGCUGUUGUUUCCUCCUACACUGAUUUGGUUGGCAAGUCCAUUAUGCCUGCACAAUGGAUGUUGGGUUGGCACCAAUGUCGUUAUGGUUAUCAUAACAUCUCUGAGGUUGAUGGUGUUGUUGAAGCUUACCGUGAUAACAAAAUUCCUCUUGAAACCAUGUGGACUGAUAUUGAUUAUAUGGAUCGCACAAAGGAUUUCACCUUUGACCCUAUCAAUUUCCCUAUUUCCAAGGUUAAGGCACUUACAAGCAAGCUUCAUAGCCGCAAGCAACGCUAUGUUGUCAUGAUUGAUCCUGCCAUCUCUACCAACACCAGUUAUGAGCCAUAUAGCAGAGGUCACAAUUUGGACGUAUUCAUGAAAUUGAAUGACUACAAGACUGAGCUUCAGGGACAGGUUUGGCCAGGCUACACUGCAUUCCCUGAUUGGUGGCAUCCUAAUGUCCAAAAAUACUGGGACUACGAAGUCGAUACUUUCAUGAAGUCCAUUGAGUUGGAUGGUGUAUGGAUCGAUAUGAACGAACCUUCAUCUUUCUGCUUGGGCUCCUGCGGUACCGGCAAACGAAACGAAUCUCCUGAAUUCUGGUGGAACUUGCCUGCAGACGAUUAUGUUAAACUUCACGCUGAGUGGGAAGCUAACCUUAAUGCACUCGGCACUGGUGUUCCUGGAGACUCCAGAAACUUGCUCUAUCCUCCUUAUGUCAUUAACAAUGGUGCUGGAAACCUUAGUGAAAAGACUGCUCCUACUACUGCUCUUCACUACGGUAAAGUUCCUCACUAUGAUGUUCACAACCUUUACGGCCAUGCUGAGUCCCAUAUUACCAACAAUGCUAUCCAAAAGUACCGCCCUGGAGAGCGUGUAUUCUUGCUUACCCGUUCACAAUUCCCUGGAACAGGAAAGAACGCCGGUCACUGGACUGGAGACAAUUACUCCCAGUGGAACUAUCUUAAGGUUUCCAUUGCUGCUGUACUGCAGAUGCAGCAGAUGGGUAUUGCUUUCUCCGGCUCUGAUAUUUGCGGCUUCAAUGGUGAUACCAACAUGCAGCUUUGCGCCAGAUGGCAAGCGCUUGGAUCUUUGUAUCCAUUCGCUCGUAACCACAACGGUAUCGGUCAAAUCUCGCAAGAACCUUACAGAUGGCCUGAAGUUGCUGAAGCUACUAGACUUGCUUUGGCUGCUCGCUAUGCCAUGAUGCCUUACUUGUAUACCUUGUUUGAAGAAGCCAACACUGUUGGUACUGGUGUCUGGCGCCCUCUUAUUUUCGAAUACCCCAAGGAUGAUAGAUUUUUGGCUGAGGAUGUUCAAUUCUUGAUUGGUGACUCUGUGCUUGUGUCUCCCAUCGUUGUUGAGAACGCAACCUCAAUCCAUGCUAAGUUCCCUACCGGUGUUUGGUAUGACUGGUACAACGGAAAGCCUGUUAACGGACCCACCUCCAAGACCAUUGAGGCUCCUCUCACCCACAUUCCUCUCCACGUUCGUGGUGGCGCUAUUCUGCCUUUGAAGGCUCCCAAGAUGACUAUUGAUGCUACAUAUGCUACACCUUACGAACUCCUUGUUGCUCUCGACAAUUCUGGAAAGGCCAGCGGACGAUUGUAUAUUGAUGAUGGUCAUUCCAUUGAACAACCAAAGACCUCAGAUAUUGAUUUCAAGUUCGCAAAGGGCAAGCUCUCAGCUAGCGGAAAGUUCCACUACCACGAGCAGACCAAACUAGAGAAGAUCGCUGUUCUAGGAAGCUCUUACAAGUCUGUUAAAGUCAACGGUAAAUCCUACAGUGUCCGCAAGGAUUCUACUACUGGCGCAUAUGUUGCUCAAGGGUUCAAGAUCGACCUCACCAAACCUUUCUCAGUUGAGUUCCAUUAAACUGUGGACCGUUGGCUCGAUGGUCACAGCAUUUUCCUUGCUCAAAUAGGCAAUAAAAUAUUAUAAUAUCAUAAU